UUCAGAGGACGAGCAAGCAUGCAUAGAAUACAAAAAGGUACCCGUUCAUCCUCACUUGGCUUCUUCCCCUCGUACACGGUCUAUCUAACUCUCUCCUCUCCCCCGUCAUCCGACAACUCAAACCUACGACCUCUGCUCUCGCUCUUGCUCUAUAUCUCAUCACUAUACAAUGGUCAACUUCAAAUCUUUCUCCAUCUUCACUUUGGCUCUGCCCCUUGUCCUUGGAGCAGCUAUCUCUCCACGAGAUGGACCUGUCGGAUCUCUGGCCACGGUCGAACUCGACGGUGGAAAACUCACCAACGCUCAACGAUUGGCCAAAGGUCUAGGUCCUUUGCCACCUACUCGAAGAUCCACUGCUGCCAAGGCUAAGCGAUCCGGUAACUUCCAAGCAGCCGACCAAUCUGAUAUCGGACUCGGCCCGCUUGUCAUUCGGUUGAAGAGAGGUCGAGGCGGGGAUGCCGUCGACGUAGGAGUCGUCACACUACCCGAUGACGGCCUUGCCAACUUUGACCCCAACGCCGGACGAGCUCAGAAAUUCUCCAGACACGGAAACGGUUCUGGACCUUUCUCCAUGGUCCCGUACGGGACAUUCGCGGGAGCUGGACCGCUUUUAGCCGUCGUCAUCGGUAAUGGUGCCCCUGUCCUAUCUCCCGGUUCAGCCAACUACGUUCCUCUUGGGCUCGGACAACCAGGUGAGCGGCGGAUAUACGAGUCGCGUCUCGCGCUCUUGGCUGAUUCUCUUCUCUUUCUCUGAAGGCGACCAAGGCCUCAUCAACAUUGAUCUCCCUUUGAAUCUGUUGGGAGGAAGCCAAAGCUCCAAUGGACAGUCCUCCAUCUGGACCCUAGGACCUUACAACGAGCUCCUCGCUCAUUACGUCAACCCUGAUGGCUGUCAGUGCCAUCGCUUCCGAGCACAAGGAGCUGAGCUGAGCUGACAGUCUCUCAAAACACAGCCUCCUCCCCUGUCUUCCUCGUCACUGGUGGACCGUGCCAGCACCUCAUCUGCCUCUCAGCCGACAUCAAUGCCUUCAAAUCA